AACCAUCUAGUGUUUUAUGAAUACUUGUGUGCUGUUACAGUUUAGUUUUUUUUUUUAGGAAAUGAGGUGUGAUUAUAUUACCCUUGCUUUGUGAACAGAAGAUCAUUCUUCAGGGGACUAAAGACUUUCAUUUAUUAACAGUGAACCUCACUCACCUCAUAGUAAUUGCGCAGAAUUAAAUAAUUAUCUGAGAUUUAAACUAUUGGAAUAAGUUACUCUUUCAAAAUGAAGCAUGUUUGUCUGCUGGUUUUGGUUUCUCUAUUAGCUCUGACAGAAAGAGUCCUGAUGAAAACUACUUGUCGAGUUGGAUACAUUAUAGAGGGAAGAAAGUGUAUAGAUGAUGAUGAGUGUGAAUAUGAUGAACCAAUCUGUGGAAAUGAUACAGAUUGCUACAACACUAUAGGUAGCUACUACUGUCAUUGUCAAAAAGGAUUUAAUCCAACUGGAUACUUUGCACAGGACACUUCAAAAAUAUGCCAAGACAUCAAUGAAUGUUUGGAGGACAGCAUUGAUUGUGGUCCUAAUGCAAUCUGUAAAAAUACUAUAGGAAAUUAUACAUGCAUAUGUAAAACUGGCUACAUUGCCAACAAUAAUGCAGAGACAUUUAUGGACAGACAAGGAGUUCGGUGUAUUGACAUAAAUGAGUGUGAAGUAGAUUCUGGUUCAUGUGGUGUGAAUGCGAGAUGUCAUAACACCCCGGGCAGUUACUACUGCACAUGUGCUCCAGGCUUCAGACUGAGAUCAGGACAAACUAACUUCACUGAUCCCAGUACAGACAGCUGUGAAACUGACAUAUGUUACAAUAAUAAAUCUAUCUGUGGAGAAGGAGUCUGCAAAAAUGGCAAAGAUGGCCAUGAAUGUUUAUGCAAGUCAGGAAAACUGAAAAACUACACAAUUAGGAAAAAUAUCAGCUGGUCAGUUAUAACUUUAUAUUGAGCAUCAGCCGCACGUUCUGCACACAGGUUGAACAAGGCAUUAGCAAUCAAUCACAAACUACAAGUCAUUAGCAAUCGAUCACAACUUACGGCAAAAGAAAGUGAAACUUAUGUGAACAUGCAAACAUUGCAUAUUGCAAUUUAAGAUACAUUUCCCCAAAAUUUUAAUUAAGUAAACAAAACAGCAUUUUAAACACAGAUCGUCUGUUUAUCCUAGUAAUCUCUUUAUUCACUUUUACCCAAAAAGCAAUGGAUUAUUGAUCUACAGGCCAUAAGUGUAUUUUAACUUUCACUUGUUUAUAUAGACCAUUUAAAAUAUAUUUUGACUAAUUUCGUGUAUCAGUAUUACAUCAUUGUUUAUUAUCCUUACAGUUACAAGUCAGUCACCAUUUGUGCAAAGUAUCAAAAUCCACCUCUAAAA